AUGGACUACACGCUCGCUCAUCAGGAACUCGAGAAGGCUGGCCACGAUGGUCUGACCGCACACGAGCUGAUCGACCUCAAGGUGACUGGUGGUCUGACGUACAAUGACUUCCUGGUCCUCCCCGGUUUCAUCGACUUCCCGGCCGACAUCGUUCCGCUGGACUCCAAGAUCACCCGCAACAUCACGCUGAAGACGCCUCUGAUGUCGUCGCCCAUGGACACCGUCACCGAGUCGGAGAUGGCGAUUACCCUGGCGCUGCUGGGCGGUAUCGGCAUUCUGCACAACAACUGCACACCCGACGAGCAGGCGGCGAUGGUGCGCAAGGUCAAGAAGUACGAGAACGGCUUCAUCACCGACCCGAUCGUGCUGAGCGCCACGCACAAGAUCAAGGACGUGCUGGACAUCAAGCACCGUCUGGGCUUCGCCGGCAUCCCGAUCACUGACACGGGCAAGGUCGGCGGCAAGGUCGUUGGCAUUGUGACGAACCGCGACAUCCAGUUCCGCGAGGACAUCGACACUCCGGUGUCCGAGGUCAUGAGCACCAACGUGGUCACGGCUCACCACGGCGUGACGCUGGCGGAGGCUAACGAGAUCCUGCGCACGUCCAAGAAGGGCAAGCUGCCGAUCGUCGACGACAACGGCAGCCUUGUCUCGCUGGUGGCGCGCUCGGAUCUGCUCAAGAACCGCGACUACCCGUGGGCCAGCAAGCACCCGGUGACGAAGCAGCUGCUUGUGGGCGCCGCCAUCGGCACGCGCCCGGGCGACCGCGGACGCCUGGCGAAGCUCGUCGAGGCCGGCCUGGACGUGGUCGUCAUUGACUCGUCGCAGGGCAACUCGUCGUUCCAGAUCGAGAUGGUCAAGCACAUCAAGGAGACGUACAAGGACAAGGUUGACGUGAUUGCCGGCAACGUGGUGACGCGCGACCAGGCGGCCAACCUGAUUGCCGCGGGCGCCGACGGCCUGCGUAUCGGUAUGGGCUCGGGGUCGAUCUGCAUCACCCAGGAGGUCAUGGCCGUGGGCCGCCCGCAGGGAACUGCUGUCUACCAGGUCUCCCAGUUUGCGCGCAAGUUUGGCGUGCCGACGGUUGCCGACGGCGGUAUCAGCAACGUCGGCCACAUUGCCAAGGCUCUGUCGCUCGGUGCGUCCUCGGUCAUGAUGGGCAGUCUGCUUGCAGGCACCACCGAGUCCCCCGGUGAGUACUUCUUCCUUGAGGGCAAGCGCCUGAAGAAGUACCGUGGUAUGGGCUCGCUUGACGCCAUGGAGAAGAACGACUCGGACAACUCGGGCUCCCAGGCCCGCUACUUCUCCGAGUCGGACAAGGUCAAGGUCGCCCAGGGCGUCACCGGCGCCGUCGUCGACAAGGGCUCCAUCAAGCAGUUCAUCCCGUACCUGAUCACCGGCCUCCAGCACUCGCUCCAGGACAUGGGUGUCCCGGGCCUGCCCCAGCUCUGGGAGUAUGUCGAUUCCGGCAAGGUCCGCUUCGAGCGCCGCUCGGCUGCUGCUCAGAUCGAGGGCGGUGUCCAUGAUCUGUACCAGUACGAGAAGAGGCUGUACAAGUAA